UUCUGUACAACAACUACACGUGUUGAGCUCAGACUUCAAGCCCGUCCCAUCCCCUGCAUAUCCAUGCUGGAGGAGGAGGAGGAGGAGUGUAGCCCUUUUGUUACCUGUAUUAGAGUACCUGGCCGUUGUAAGUUAGUAACGUGGACAGAGUUUAAGAUGUCUUCGAUGAAUAGAAACGGCGAGCGAUGCACAAAAGCUUUAAACAAAAACCAAAUCCAGAGGGUUGACAGGGCACUGCAGUAAGUGUAACUAGUUGUUUUUUUGUUUUUUUUCUACCUGCAAGGCGCAGCAAAUGGGAAUUGCUAAUUAGGCUCCACCGUCAAAGUAAGGACAAAUAGGAGGCACUUCCUCCAAGAACUCAUUCACCUUUCAAGUCCGACCCUCUCUCAAGUUUCAUUUUGGAGUUCUUAUCCACCUUUCAGGUCGUCAUCAGCAUCUCACCUGCACUGCUGGACCAUGGAUUUCACACGGUCGAAGAUUUCAAAGUCGCUUCAGCUCCAUGUCGCGGAAAAUAGGCGGUAUACGUGCAUCUGGAAGGGUUAGGAAACCUGCCAAUGUGAACGGAAAGCGUGACCACUUUAUGUUACAGUGCAUGGCCUCUGGACAAAGUGGUAACGAUCAUGCACAAACCCCUCCGAAAGCGGAGUCUCUACGUGUUCCUGUGUUUUGGCAUCAUAUACCUCAGACUUGGGGCCCUAUCCUCGGUGGUGGCUCUUGGUGCCAACAUCAUCUGCAACAAGAUUCCCGGGCUGGCACCUCGCCAGCGGGCCAUCUGCCAGAGCCGCCCGGACGCCAUCAUUGUUGUGGGCGAAGGCGCCCAGAUGGGCAUCAAUGAGUGUCAAUACCAGUUCCGUUAUGGACGCUGGAACUGUUCGGCGCUGGGAGAAAGGACAGUCUUCGGUCAGGAGCUGCGAGUAGGCAGUCGGGAAGCAGCGUUCACCUACGCCAUCACAGCGGCAGGAGUGGCCCACGCUAUCACAGCGGCGUGCAGCCAGGGAAACCUGAGCCAGUGCGGCUGCGACCGGGAGAAGCAGGGGUAUUACAAUCAGGAGGAAGGCUGGAAGUGGGGAGGCUGCUCGGCUGACAUCAAGUACGGAAUCGAGUUCUCUCGCCGCUUUGUGGAUGCCCGCGAGAUUAAAAAGACCCCACGCCGCCUGAUGAACUUACAUAACAAUGAGGCAGGGAGAAAGGUACUAGAAGAAAGGAUGAAGCUAGAGUGCAAGUGCCACGGCGUCUCGGGCUCCUGCACCACCAAGACCUGUUGGACUACACUUCCAAAGUUCCGAGAGAUUGGCUACGUACUCAAGGACAAGUAUAACGAAGCUGUGCACGUGGAGGUAGUCCGGGCUAGCCGACUCCGCCAGCCCACCCACCUCAAGGUGAAGCAGACUCAGGGCUACCGCAAGCCCAUGGAGACAGACCUUGUCUACAUCGAGAGGUCACCCAACUACUGCGAGGAGGACGCAGCCACGGGGAGCGUGGGCACCCAGGGACGCCUGUGCAACCGCACCUCGCCACAUACAGACGGCUGCGACCUUAUGUGCUGCGGGCGGGGCUACAAUACACACCAGUACACCAAAGUUUGGCAGUGCAAUUGUAAGUUCCAAUGGUGCUGCUUCGUCAAGUGCAACACGUGCAGUGAGAGGACGGAGGUGUUUACCUGCAAAUAAGGACGCGAGGAGGCACCAAGGACUAGCUGAAUGAGGAAGACUCGAGCGAGCAAGAUGAAAGUGUGACCUGGACCAGUGAAAGAUUUUGAAAUAAAGGAAUGGAAUUUACACUAUCAGCUCUUCAUGGCAUCGUUUUGCACAGCAGAAUCUAUCUAAUUUCUUUUCAGAAAGUAAAUGCUAAAUAUCAGUAGGUAAUACCCCAGACUGUACUGUCACAUAGAGAUUGUGCUCAUAUACUGAUGUAUCCACAGUAAAGUUGUGACUACAGGUAAUGAAUGAGGUCCUUGUUGGGAACUGUGCUUUGCACUCUGGGAUUUGUAAUUGUUAAAUUCACAAGAGACUCGUGCAUGGAGAGGAAACACAGUAGCCUGGGAGUUGAUCAAAAUGACAGCAGCUGAUGAGGUUGUGACUGGAAGAGAUUUGUCAAGUCUUUUAUUGAAAACUUUUAAGGGUUUUGUUGUAUUUUCACUAAAGGGGAGCAAAAGUGAAUCUUGACAUGCAUGACCCUGCAAAUUGGCUGGGGCUUAUGUUGGAGGUUUGUAGAAAUGAAGAACAUUUUGUAAGUAUUGUGCGUCGGGGUGCGCCAAAAUCUGAGUGGAGAACUCUGUUAAACCCUCUGCUGCCAACUGGAAUAUGGUGGAGUAUGUUAGUUUUCCAGUCACACUGGAACUGUCUGUUCUGAACACUGAAAAUAAAUUGUUUAUUUAUGUUAUAGUAUCUUAAAACGAAGCACUAACGGGUAGAGAUGUCUUUUUUGUACUAAGUGUAAAGAAAAAUACUUUUUAGAACUGACUGAAGAGGACUGAAGAUGUGUGUCUAUUAGAAAAUGACCCCCCAAUCCCUAAACCACCUAACCUUUUCUUAAAAAGAAAAAAAAAGGUUUCAUUUCUACUGGUGUGUUGACAACAAAAAAACAUCAUUACAGUGUGUUUCACAUUCAAACACCUUGGUUCCAUUUUACUGUAGCAUAGUUUGUUUGCAGUCCUUUUCCCCUGAGCAGUAACAUCUAUUUGGAUGCUUUUACCAUUUCAGUUUAUAGACAGUAGCAAGAAUAAUCAUUUAACUGCAGAGAUCCUUCCUCGACUAAUUAAACAUGAAACUGAUAUAUUGCUGGAUGUGUUGUUGAGUGCUGCACUGAUAUUUUCUAUUCAGAUACCACUCAUGAGAACUAAAUAAACUCCCAUUUGACUCAGUUUGGCAGUUCAUUGCUAAAAUAUCAGUUGAAGUUGAACCUGCAGUCUGUCUUAAGUUUUAAGAGAGACACUAAAAUUGUUAUUUUCUAAAUAUUUGUUAAGCUGUGAUCAGUGGAGUGAUGAUUAGUUACAACUACACACCCAUGCAUAUAAUAGCAGAGGUAACAAAACCUAUACAAGAGAUUAUUAUUUUGUCUGUUAUGCCGAUCAAGAGUUUGUAGUUCAAAGAAUAUUUUUUUUCACAGAACACAAGGCUAACUUGCGUCUGAUGGCUAACUCUUGUUUGUUCUCAUUAGGGCUAUAGGGGAAAUUUGCUCCUAUAGUAGCUCUGUUCUGCCACAACAUUAAAGUUCUCCUAUUUUAGGAGUUUUGUACAAUAUUUCUGUCAGCUAUAAUAAACUUGUACUCACCCAAGUAAUUGCUGAAAUCUGGGAAUAAAGUGAUACAAUAAACUCGGACAGGGCAAAACAAAAGAAUUCAAAUGAUGAAAAAUGUCUGUCAACUGUGAUGGACAAGUCUGUGAUGAACAGACAGUUUGGGCAAAAAUAUGACUGUUCACCUUUUAUAACUUCAGCUAACCUCCUUUUAGCUAUGUCUCAGCAUUCCCAGAUCAUUUCUAUGAACGUGGUACGGAUAGUGUUAUCAUAAUUGAUAGGAAUGAUAGCCAAAACUAUAAAAAUGAGUUGCUGUAUGUGUUUCUUGACAAACAACAAUAUCUCUGUGCAGCACCUCCACUGGUUGCUGGUGAUAAGUCAGUGCUCCCUGAUGUUGUUCUCUAAUAAAUUAUUAUGUUACAGCAUAACUGCCCGACAACCAUAUAUUACCCUUUAUAUAUUUAUGUUUAUUUCUGUGAUUUGACAGAUGUGAAUUAAGCCUUAGGGGUGUUGGUUGAUGUAUUUUUGAACUUUGGAGAGAGUCAUGGUAGCUGUUUCACUCUGCUAAGCUAAGCUAAUUGCCGCCUCCAAAUUUGAUGCCCAAACAUGAGAGCGGUAUUUUCUCAUCAAACUGUCAGCAAGAAAGUAAUUAAGCAAAUUUCAGAUUUAUUCAUUGAAUUCAUACAUCAUAAAUCGUAGUCUAACACUUUGCUUUGGGCUGAGAAUGUGCAGUGCUUUGUUGCACUUUGUUAUAACCACUUUUUGUUGACAUAUUCAUGUUCUUGUCGUCUAUUCAGCUUUAAUACCAUAUUUUUCGAGGUCAUGUGAGUUUACAGACUAUAUAGGCCAGUUUAUAUUUUGGUUUACAUAUUAAUUAAUAGGUUUAGAAUGUAUUAUAACUUUUGCACAUUAACAAUACCCAUACAUUUUAGAGAUUUAGAGACUGAGGUAGCCUAGUCUUUCACUUUGCAUAAUUAAUCGAAUUAUGUGCAUCAGUCUUAUUUUAUUUCAGUAGAGGUGCUACUCAGAUGGAUCAAACACAGUUUCAUGUUAAUAGAUUUACAUAUUUACUCAGUUAAAGUAACUUAUUGAUAUAACAUAUCUAGCAUACAGCUUCAUUCUGACAUUUAUAUUAUCUUCUGAAAUAGAUUAAAAUAACUCCAACUGGAGGCAUUUCAUUUGACAAGGAUGCAAAUACAUUUUCACACAUAAAAAGCUGAUGUGUCUUUAAUUUAAUAAUGAUCUGUAUUAUGAAACAUACAGCCUAUUCUUGAACCCUGAGUGAGGAAUCUGCAUUCUUCAUUUUUUUGCUCAAUGCAUGUUAGUACAAGAAUGUUCCUGUUCAGUGUUCAGUUGCCCAUGUUGACUGUUCCAACAAAUAUCCAAAGCUAUUAUUUUCAUAAAUUCCCUCCCUUUGAAGAAAACACACACAUUAAAUCUGGUCAUUGUGUGUGUCCAGAUUUGAUGCCAAACUUUAUGUAGAGGUCUGUUUUUCAAACAUUCCAACCACGCUUAAUAUAGUAACUGGCAAAUGCAUUAGGAAGCAUAAAUCAUUAAAAAUCAAAAAUAAAUAAAUCAAGCAGUGUGCUGACUUUGACGUUAUUUUGUACACAGCACAUUUUCGUCGUAUGCUGUGGUCUUCUGUCUUGAUUGUGGCACGCAUGGAACAUAAGUCAAUUAUUUCUCCCAGCAUGGAAAGGAGCUUCUUCUCCAUGUCUGUGUCAAGCAGAAAUGUGAUCAGAAACACAGAACGAGAGGGGAAAAAGCACGAAGUUACAAGGAUUAUGGAAAAAAGUUUUUCCGUUAAAAAUGAAAAAAGCAAUGCCCCCCACAAAAUAAAUCCCCAGUAACCAUGCAAAAUGUGAUUCAUCAAGUUGCAAUUGGUUUUUGUGUAAGAAUGAAAAGCACUCAUGCUGUUUUUUCAGGGUAAUUGGGACUGUCUUACUUGGGUGGUCACAGCCACCUGUGACACCCCAAGUAACUAUUUAACUCAUCACUUUGCAUGUUUAUUUUCUGUUUUGGUUGGAACGGCAGAUGAUAUUAGAAGUGUAUUCUGAAAGCACGAUGUGGUACAAUCCAUGAUACUCAGGAUAAAGUGAAUGAAGAUUUAGGAUGACAGAAUAACCGAACACUCGAGCCUCUCCUCACACUUUCUGUGUUGGCAGAGCCGUUUGGAGUCAUUAAAUGGGAAGAGGACCUUCAUGCAAAUGACCUGAUGUGAAUAGGAAGUGGCUCAGUGUGCCUCUUGUUUUUAGACACACAAACAAGAGUGUAGUUCUUUUGUGAGGGUGUUUUUGAGAUGGAUGGGAUGGCUUGAUGAAACAAGGAGGUGCAUGUGUAGCCGGAAACUGCAUGUGAAAAGAAUGGUUAUUUAGGAGGGGAGCUAAUUGAGAGUGGUUUGGAGAAAGAGUGGGUACACUAUAUAAGUAGGAGCAGCUGUCGAACCAAGUUAGGGACUAAUUGUAAAGCAUGGCAGAAGAUAUGGUAAAACAGUUUUCAGUUUAGGAAUAAUUUUAUGACAGUUAAUUCACCAUUUUUACUCUUUCCAGCUUGUGAUUUAUUCUGUGGUACUCUCCAACUUUUCAUUGACUUUUAUUGUUAAUGUUGCUGAUCACAGAAAAAUAAAAAGCAUAUAGUUGAUAGAUGUCUGCAUUUUUUGAGGCAGUGACGGAUUUCAAAAUCUGAUACUUAAAAUUAUUUAUAUCAUUUAUAAAUGACCAUUUUGGACAUGAUCACUGUCAGUGGUUCCAUCCAGCUCUUUCUAUGAAGUGGCUCUGUGAAAGAGAGCCAUGCUAUUUCAUUCAUUUGCUGGACGCUCCCACUUGUCCUCCUGUAUGUGAAAAGCAUUGUAGGCAGGCAGCAGAGCAGAAGUAAGAUGUGUUUUGUUAGUUGUCUGAAGCCCUGGGGACCGGAACCGCAUAAGCUCCCCAUACUAUGCCCCGGAUUGAGAAAAAUAAAUCCAUUUGUUUUUUGACAAACAUUUUGUCAUUAAAAAUAUGAGAUAGAAAAACAGAGUCGGCUGUGUGUGCCUUCUUCUAAAGCAGCUACUGUUUGGGUGUCGGGAUCAUUAGUUCAUUGGGAUAUAUUCUGCAAGAUAAUGCUUCUGGUCUAAUUCACACUAGGAGCGACGCAGCCACUUUUCCAAUUCAGGGUCCAGUUGGGAGGAAAUAUAGUCGUAAGGUAACAUGACCACUGACAUCACUGUUAAAGAUGUAGCUUAAGUCUGCCAAGGCCCCGCAUUAACCAUAUGCAAAUGUAUCAUAUGAUCCUGCUAUUCAGAGUUCACUGGCAAGACAUAUCAGAGUCUUUAAUGCUUUGGGAAACCAGGGUAGCUUCAACAGACUCGAGAAAGGAUGUGAAAUAGUCAUGAGACUGCCAGUUUUCAUUUACACAGAUUGAAGAGAACAGGAAAGACAGAACAGUGGGAGUUUGUGUAUACAAGUGAUGGUAAAAUGAUUUGAACCGAUAAAGUAGCUCAGAACAGGUCGAUCCCCCUGAGUGAUUUCCUUCUUUGGCUGACAAAAUCUUUUACUAUUUGCAGUAAAGAGAAUUUAUAAUGGCUGUCUGUGUAAUUGAAUGGAUCUUAGCCAAGGGCAAAUAUAAAAGUUUUAGUUGGGAUUGUUUUGUGCUUGUUCAGAGCAACAUUUCUUUAUGGCAAGUCAUUUUUUCUAAUUUCCUUCCCUGUUUUGUGAAGUGACAAAAGCCCUCCCAAAUUCCUUUGAAUUAGCUCCAACAUUCUGCCUGCUCUUGUAAUUUGUAACUUUGGCAAAAUGAAACAGCAACGUUCAGAUCAGAAGCUUGGCCUCUCAGAGAUAAGACACAUCUGUGAGAGUGGGAGAAGAGAAGCAAGGGUGGCAAAAAAAUAAAUUACCCAAAUGAAGGGAUGAAAUAAAAAAUCGAGGAGUCAGAGGUCUUCUGAGCUGAUGCUUGAGAAUAGCCAGAUACAAAGUGAGAAGAAAAGGAUUGUUGUUUUCCAGACGCCGCACUUCAAUAACAGACUUCUGCUCAGUCGAGGAAAAGGAUAUUUAACAGUCCCAUGGAUCAUGAAUUAUUCUGGGGCAAUCCUUUAAGUCUUGUUUGUUAUUCCAGGAUGUAAAGGCUUUGGUUAAGGUGACACAAACAUGGAAGUACUACUGUGCUGAAGAUUUUAGCAGCCCUCAACAUGGAAAUGCAUUCAGUCUUUGUGAUAAUGCAGGUUUAAAAUGUUAAAGUUCUCAAGAAAGCAGAAGAGCACACAAUAAAGUUUAAUGCUGCCCGCAACACAGCCUGCAGCAAUUAAGGCUGUGUUGCGGUAUAAUGUAUAGUCAUUUUUUUCAUGUGAUCGCUUGGUGUUUUUCUGUGUUCCUUUAACUUUGUUUUGACUGCUUGUCUUAGUGAAAGACCAUCAUUUGGAGGUUUCUCAUCAUCUGUUUGAUAUUAGUGGUGAGGAACACAUGGCCAUUCAAAGCCAGAGCCCUGUGUGACAUCAUAGACCACAAGGCAAAGUGGGGAUCGUCAAGACCCCAGACUGAGGACUCUGAACACUACCUGACUGCCUUCAUCCAUCUGCAACUGUAUUGUGCAAAUAAUAUGCCAGCGUGGGUCUCUCUUUCUGAUGCAUGCUUGGGGUUUUUGCAGAACUGUGUGUUGUCUCUUCUGCACAGACAGUAGAGACCCGAGAGGCUUUUUUUUCCAGAAUAUCUUCAGUGUCAAAAUAACAUGCAGAGCACAAUAAACUGAACUGAAAUCAACUGUCAGACUUAA